AUGACCCCUUAUCCUCAAGGGAAUCCGGACACUCCAAAUUGCAAUAAAAAUGAUUCAACAUUAAUUUCGAACGAUGUUGAUGAUGAUUACAUAAUACACACUUCAUCCAUUCGACUACCUUUUAUUGCUGCUGGAUUAGUGAACGCUGCAGUCGCUGAACUGUUAAAUCAACUAUCAUGUCGAUUCUUUGAAAUGGCUAUAAUUACUUCAAAAAUUGCAGACAGUCAGAAAAAUUCUUCAGUAAAGCAAAAAGAUCAAGAAGAUAUCGACAAUGAUGUGCAAAAUAUAUACAGUAAUAGUAAUUCAUCGAUUUUUCCACAAAAUGAACGACUUACUACUACACAAGGUCAAUCAGAGUUACAGAAAAAAAUGCGAAUGGAUUUAGAUAAUCUAACUGCUCUAUCACCUGACCAAAUGCCAACUUUACAACUGAAUAAUCAAGAUGUAUUCACCACUCCGCUUCACCCUUCUCAUCCUGGUACUAUAGCUGUUUCAUCAUCUUCUCCUCCCAUAUCAUCGACGAUUUCUUUGUUUACAAGCUCUUCAGAAAAUUGUAACACUCUCUCAGAAAUAAUGAAGAUUAAAGAAGAAUCAGAAGUGGGAUAUCCACUAGAAUUGAGCAUUGAUCGUGGAGGAGAUACUAGUAAUAAUAAAAAUGACUAUUCUACACAUGCCAGUAACUUUGUAAGUAAUCAAAUCAAUAAUCAAUAUCAAUGCCAACAAAAUCAUCAAUCUAAUUUAGCACGUAUUGCUACAGUGGAUUAUUUAAAACGUCAUCCUUGUACUUAUCGUGGUUGUGGUAAAGUAUUUUUCAGUCGAACAAGUCUUAUAUAUCAUAAACAAAGUCAUGCAAUUGAAAAACCAUACAAAUGUACAUAUCCUAAUUGUGGUUUAACAUUUUGUAAUGAGGCUUUAUUAAAAACUCAUAUACAAUUACAUGAACCAAAACAAUUACGUGAACGUUUCUCAUGUACAUUACCAGGAUGUAAUAAGGUAUUUGUUACACGUGAAUGUCUUAUAGAACAUAUACGUAUACAUACUGGUGAAAGACCAUUUAUUUGUGAUUAUCCAGGAUGUACACAUCGUUUUGCUAGACGAUGUAAUUUAUUCGCUCAUAAACGUGUACAUUUAGAUAAAAAUCAACGUCGUCAAUAUCAUUGUAUACAUGCAGGUUGUGGUAAAACAUUUUUAUAUUCACGUAGUUUAACUGAACAUAUGAAUGUACAUUUAGGUGAACGUCCAUAUGUUUGUGAUUAUCCAGGAUGUGAAAAAAGUUUUACAAGUAAAAGUUAUCUUUAUGCACAUAGAAGAAUACAUUUAACUGGUAUAGAUAAAUCAAUCAAUGCUACAUGUUCUUCAUCAUCUAAUAAUCAACAAUUUGAUUCUAAUAAUACUUCUACUACUACUAAUAAUAAUAAUAGUAAUGUACCACCAAUACCAGUUAAAGUCACUAUACCAGUUCUUCAACAAAUUCAUUAUCCAUUUCCACAAUCAAUUUUAUCCAAUAAACAACAACUUCAACAUCAUCAAAUUCAGCAUCAUCAACAUCCUCAACAACAACCUCAACAACGUAUUCAAUCACAAUUACAACAUCCUCUUUUAACUCAUACAAAUAUUAAUAAUAUGACUAAUAAUAUAUCAGCUCAUUUAUUCUAUUCAAAUCAACAUAAUUAA